GCUGUUGCAAGUCAGGAGAAACAUUUUAUUUGGGAAAAAAUUGGGGAAAAAAUAACUGAUAACCUCCCUCUCUUCCGUUUAUUUUCUUUUUUUUUUAAUAUAACCGAAAUACCCAUGGCUGACACCGACGCAUCCGACGAAAACCCCUACGGCACCUUGAACAGACAAGUCGAAGCUCCAUCCACAGAACGGCCUGCUGAUCCAGAAGCAGAGGCCUAUAUUCAGCAACACCACGACGAGGACGAUGAAGGCGAGUCCACCGCAGCUGAAGAGCCGCCACAGGAAGAAAGUAUGGGUCGGCAUGAACCAGACAAGCCAACCGUCCUCGACCAAAAAGAAGAAAAGGAGCCAACAACGAUGCCUUCACCACAACCAGAACCCGAGCACCAACAGCAACAACAUCCAACAACAGCAGUAGCAGCUGCAGAAGAAGAAGAAGAAGAUGAAGGCAGCUUCUGGCACCGCUUUGCAUCCAUCCCCAUUGUCCAAGACAGCGUCGGUAAAGUCCAACAAUACCCACUCGGCCGCUACGCAUUAAAACAAGCAGAGACAACCUGGAGCAAAGCAUCCACACAGGCUGGAUCGUUACCGUAUGCACAAGCCUACUUUGAAAAAGCUGGCGCACUCGGCUGUCUUUCGCUGGACGUGCUCGAACAACGCUUCCCGGCCGUGUACCAACCCACCGACCAGAUCGUCGACAGCGUGAAACGAUCGUCCAACCAUGUACGCGACUGUCUGCUUACCACUGUCAAAGCGCCUGUCCACCAUGCUGUCAGUCUUGUCGAUCGACUGUUAUGGUCUCAGCAGCAGCAGCAACAACAACAACAACAACAACACGACGGAGACAAGGAUGAGUUGACGCAUCUAUCUGAAACCAAGGCCUUGUUGCAAGAAACGGCACACCACAUUGCCCGAAUCAACGACAGCUUGCGAGGCUGGACGGCCUGUGUGGCUAGCCAAGUGAAAAGUCAGAUCAAGGGCAGUUACGAAUCUACGCAAGCCGAAUGCAACCACCGUAUCUUGGAACUGACCACAGAACUCGUGACCAAACUCGACACAGCCUCGGCCUAUGCAAAGACGGUGCCUAUCCCACCGAUCAUCCAGGCAAAGAUGGGUCAGCUCGUGGAGUUUUAUGACGCUGUCAGAAGCGAAACGGUCAAGGAGGACUUGUCACCGAUGCAAAAGGCUGCUCGCGUGGUAUUGAUCACACAGGGCUGCAUCUUGCCUGCGUUGCACACUUCCAUUGACGGGAUCCAGGAGCAAAUCAAGUACUAUGCGGCCAUGUCCAAGGGCAAAGUGGUGGGUGAGAUCAAAGGCCAGUUGAAUUCGCUCGGUAUCCAUGCAUCGUCGUAAACAAGAUCAGUAGUUAGUAAUAUAGUGACUCUCAGUCAAGCGUCUUGGCAUAUGUCAAAAGAUAAAAGAGUAAAUAAUAAAAAAAACAGUAUACAUAUCUCCCAAGAUGC